AUGAAAUAUUUCAUCAUUAAUUUUGUUUCAGGCACUCUCUCAAGUAAACACUCAAUCUAAUUGAAUAGGUUGCAUUCAUACAUUAAUUGGAUAUCCAUUGGAUUUUAUCAAAACCAGAAUUCAAAUUUAGCAUAAAAAGCAAGGCAUGAUAAAAGCAGGAAUUCAAAUUAUUAGAGAUGAAGGAGUAAAGACUUUGUACAGAGGUAGAUUUUAUACAUUUGCAUAGGGGUAUCAAUAUAGCUUCUAAAUUCAAUUUGCGCUGGAUCAAUAUAUUUUCCUACUUAUGAACAUAUGAGAAAGUGGUUUGCUAGAAUGGAUAAUUUAAGUGAACAUAGCUAUUUACCAUUUUAACAAACAUUUUUAGCAGGAAGUAUGGCAGUAUUAUACAAUUACAUUAAAUAGGGUAUUGCUAGCAAUAUAUUCGCAUGUCCAUUAGAAUAUGGUAAAAUUUUAUCCUAAAAAACUAAAUUGUAAAAAAUGGAGUAAACUGAUGGACCAAUUCAUAAAUUGUAUCAAAUAUUCAAAACUUAAGGCUUUUUUAACAUUUAUAAGUAAACUACGAUUAAUUAAUUCUUUAGAGGACUUAAAUUAUAAUUAAUGAGAGAUUCAAUUGGCUGCGGUUUAUAUUUUGUAUCUCAUGCAAAGACAUUACAAUACUUUACCCCUUAAGGAAGAGAUAGAACAGAAGCAUCCUAAUUUGGAAUCUUGAUGGCCAGUAUGUCUGCAGCUGCCAGCUUCUGGAGUAUUUCUUAUCCAAUUGAUAUUGUUAAGACUAGAUAUCAAGUAUUAAAUGAAAGGUAAGUAAAGAUUGCAUUGAUAUUAAAGUACAAUUAGAAUCAUUAAAUAAAUCUAUUCUGAAGGAGGAGCCUUGGCAUUCUAUAAAGGAUUUUAAGUGACUGUGAUAAGAAGUGUUAUUGUAAAUAUUUUUUCUUUAUGCACCUAUGAAAAUCUAAGAAGAGUUGGGUUUAAAUAUUUUUGA